UCUUACAUCAAACAAGAAUAAUAAAAUAAAAUAAAACAUAAAAUCUGAUUUCGCCUCAGCAGCUCCCAGUAAUCAAAUACAUCAAAUUUUUCAAAGGUUUUCAGGAUCUACACAUAUCUGGCAGGCACAAUACAUGACCCAAAUCAGACAUUCCCAAGUAGUGAUUUCUUCUCGUGCUCUUCCAAGACUUUCCCACCAUGACAAGGCUGACGAUGUGAAGGUAUCAACUGCUAUUCCAACUCUAAUGGCAUCGUCUGUUACCUUCCUUUCAUCGAAAAUGCAUGCCACUUCAUCUGCCCAAUCCGAGAAAUUCCAACAAGAGCCGUCGAAGUCCGGAAACUCACCACUCCAUAUUGCCGAGUCUGAAAAUUCAUCAUACGACAUUAAGCAGUCAUAAUCCUCAUCCAUCUUAAGCAAUUCAUCAUCGUACACAUCCAUGUUAAGCAAUUCUCAAAUACAAAAACAAAAUCAAUCAAUCACAGACUUUCUUCUUGAUGAAUCAGACACGCGAACCCUAGUUUUUGCUUCUGAUGCUAUCUCACCUUAAGAUUAAGAUACAAGGAAGAAGGAAUAUGGUUUCUGAACUAACCCCCUAUGAUUUAUAUAGAACAAGCGGAAGUCCUGAAUAUAGAAGUUUGAAGAAAUAUGGAAACGCGUUUCAAAAUUACAACUCUACUACCUGUUUCCUAAUCUUGUAUUAACUCGAAUAUGGAAACUCUGUAAGCGGGUCUACGAAGUGUUUGAUAGAAAUUCUUAAUGAGUUUUCCGUUUGCCCAAUUGGUUUCUAUCACUAUCAAGCAACACUGAUUUCACCCAGCAACACAAUGCUUCUAAAUGGAGAAACACCUUUUGUGUGUGAAUAUGCUACACAAUAUGGUUCAUGCCGAUGGAUCCGUCCUUCAAACUUUUGAUUACUUAAAGCAAAAUGGCUUACAAGGAUUUGUUGAUAUUUGGCCAAGACCUACUGCCAUAGCAUGGAAAACUAUUGCUUGCUAUGCAGCAUUCGAGGCUCUACUUCAACUUGCUCUUCCUGGCAAACGAGUUGAAGGUCCCAUCUCUCCUGCAGGGAAUGUACCUGUCUACAAGAUGGUAUUUGGAAAGCUGAAGACAAUUAGAAAGGUUUAACCCUGCAAUCGUCGAUGACCAUUUGGGAGAGAUUUACUCAGCACUCAUCUCCGGAAGUUUAAUCUUUUGUAUCCUUCUAUACAUAAAAGGUCGUAGUGCUCCAUCCUCCACCGGCUCCGGAUCAUCUGGGAAUCCUAUCAUUGACUUCUACUGGGGAAUGGAGCUAUAUCCUCGAAUUGGGAAAUACUUUGAUAUUAAGGUCUUUACAAAUACAAAUUGUAGAUUCGGUAUGAUGUCUCGGCGUGUUCUUGCUGUCACUUAUUGUAUCAAGCAGUAUGAAAUGAAUUGGAAAGUAGCUGACUCUAUGCUUGUGAACACUGUAUUGAUGCUUGUGUACGUAACCAAGUUCUUUUGGUGGGAAGCUGGAUACUGGAGUACAAUGGACAUUGCACAUGAUCGAGCUGCGUUUUAUAUUUGCUGGGGAUGCUUGGUCUGGGUUCCGUCAAUUUAUACCUCACCUGGAAUGUACCUAGUCAAUCAUCCAGUGAAUCUUGGUACUCAGACAGCACUUCUUAUCUUAGCUGCUGGUGUUCUGUGUGUAUACGUCAACUACAACUGCGACAGGCAAAGACAAGAAUUCCGCAGAACAAAUGGAAAGUGCUUGGUGUGGGGAAGAGCUCCAUCAAAGCAGAUUGUCGCCUCCUAUCAAACUAGCAAGGGGGAGACCAAAGCUAGCCUUCUUUUAACCUCAGGAUGGUGGGGUUUAACACGGCACUUUCAAUACGUGCCAGAAAUAUUAUCUGCUUUCUUUUGGACUGUGCCAGCGCUUUUUACCCAUAGGCUUCCAAUUUCAUCUUUUGGGAAAAUUGCUCAAUUAGUUCAACCCAGAUAUUACAGUGAGUUUUUUCAUUGCCUUAUUUUCCUGAGCAGGAUGUGGUUCCACAGGCCUUUUAGAGCCGAGUGGUUACUAAACGUGAUUGAAAGUCCAUCAGCCAGCAGUGGCUGUGGAUUCUGUUCAGCUAGAAUGUAUAACCAGAGAGGGCAGCUUGUUGCGUCGUUGAUUCAAGAGGGUCUCAUUAGGACGGCCAGAUCACAACAAUCAGUAGCCAAAUCAAAUCCCUGAUUUGAUCAGUAGAUUUUAUGCAUAAUGGACCCUGUGGAAGGAAAGGAAUCAGAGGCCAUUCAACAACAAGUCUCUCAAGAAUUAAGCUCAUUCAAAAAAUCAUCAGGCAUGCAAUCGCGUACUAUCUCUAUCUAACCACCAGUGUCUCAGAAUUCUCUCUUAAGGAGUUCAUGUCAACUGGAAGUGUGUGUUAUCUUUGAACCACCUUGAAUCAGCUCUUUUCUUUUCUGCAGCUCUUCGUUCUUGUAGUUAGCUUUUCUUUUUUGUUUGCUCUUUCUCUUCGGGUGGAUGCUUUGUCCUUCAUUGCCAGAAAUUUGUAAUUUGUAUUUAUCUUUGCAGUUGGCUUCUGGUUCUUUCAAUAAAAUCCAGAUCCUGUAAGCACACAGAUAUAGGCUCAUCAGAAUCUUCCAAGCAAUUACAUUUUUUUUCUCUCUUUUGCCGAA